GGAGACGCACUCUUUCAUCAGUGUGUAUGAGAGGAGUCCGGCGUCGCCUGGCUUCUCCACAUAAGUUUGCACUUGGCCUAAUCAGCUGUUAGUGUAAGAUUUCUUCCAGCGUACGAGCUCACAACAUCGCGUGCUCACCGCCGUGUUAUGGAACUAGACAAAAUGGACGAAAACGAUUGGAAAUAUCACGGAGAAGGGAACAAGAGCCUUGUUGUUUCUCACAUCCAGCACUCCAGAGUCCUCCGGCUUUUGAAAUACCCUUCUGAAGAUGCAGAAAACACGCAUCAGACAACAGAGCAAGCUUUCCAGCACAUACUGAACAUAUUUGAGUAUAGCAGAAAUGUCAUGAAGCCCUUGUUGGGGGAGAAAUAUGUGCACAGUGGAGAAGUUGUUAAACUCCCAUUGGACUUUGUACGGCAGCUGUCUUUAAAGAUCCAACAAGAACGCCCAGAACUGCGGUGUGAUAAAGUGAUGGACACUUUCAGCGGAUGUGGACUGUGCCUUCCCAACCUCACCCACCUUUCACCGUGCCACUUUGGAGAUCGCCGACCUCCUCUGUGUGUCGAAAUUAAGCCAAAAUGUGGAUUUCUACCCUUUUCAAGACAUGUUACCAAGGACUGCAAGCGAAAAGUGUGCCGAUUUUGUAUGCAUCAGCAUUUUAAGCUUGCCAAUGGGAAGUGGAACAGGUUAAGCAGGUACUGUCCCUUGGAUCUCUUCUCAGGGAGCAAACAGCGAAUGUAUGUUGCAAUCAUGAACCUAUUGGAAGAACCACAAAACAAUUUGAAAAUAUUUAAGGGUGGAGAACUGAUCUACAGCUGCAAAGACGAUGCCAAGCAGCAACCAGACUUAGAUGAGCUCGUCCAGCACCUGUGGCCCUACUUCCACCACGGCAACGGUCACCAGUCCAGCACAACUGUUCUCAGUGAGUUCAUUCAGCUGAUCUGCAGCGCUCUGCUGAGCACCGGAGACUCCAAUCGCUCCGGAGAACAGAGGAAGGUGCAGCUCGCUGAAAGCAGAGUGCUCUGUGAAGCCAGUCCACUCCACCGAGAUCUGCUACGCAAUGGCGGUCCCGGUCUUCCCAAAGACUGCGUCCUUGCCAAAAUCCUCCAAACCCAGAUGAUGGACAACCUUGACAUUGAAGGCCUUUACCCACUGUACAAGAGAGUGGAGCAAUAUCUGGAGGAGUUUCCUAAAGAGAGGAACAGAUUACAGAUGGACGGUCCUUACGAUGCGGGUUUCCUGGAGAAGGUGAAAACGUGUCCUGCUGAAGAUGACCGCUCUAUAGAAUACGCAGUCGGAAAGGUUCUUCAGUACAGAGUAGCAAUGACCGCUAAGGAUUGCUCCAUCAUGAUCACAUUUGCACCUUGUGGGGAAGAUGAAAAACUACAGCCACAUUUAGAAAUCCAGCCGACAAAAUCUCGUUUCGCGUCCUCUGUCUCCAUCCUGGAUUUGGACCCCAAACCGUACGAGAGCAUCCCGCACCAGCAUAAACUCGACACCAAAAUCGUCAACUAUUACCUGAUGAGCAAACAUGCCACACAGGAGCUGCCUCCCUCCAGCCUUUACACCGAGCGGCAGGACUGCACGCUGCUCUUCCACCCUGUAUGAACCUCGCUUCCCUCACGUCCCUGCUGCUUCACACGCAAACGGGCACAAGGCAAAAACUGAUCAUGGAAUGCACCAUCUAUGUGUAGUAUUCGGUCACUCGCCACCCCAAACCCACCCCAAAAAAAAAAAACAGUUUAAAAAAAAAAAAAAAAAUAAAUUAAGAUGCGUGCCAUGUUUUUGUAAUGUGGGAAGUGACUGAACUCUUCAGGGAAUGAAAAGAACAGAGAGGAAGGGCAUGUUGGGUGGUCAUGUGACCCACAAGAGCAUUCUAGUGCCAAAAGUGGCUUUCUUCACUUGUUUCUGCUCGGUGUGGAGUGAUGGUGUCUGUGUGUGGAGACUAAAGUGAUAGUUAAUUAACAUAAAGAUGGAUACUUGAUGUUAAAUGAGACUACUACUCCAUAACGUUUAGGUCUGUGACCACUGACAUUUAAUAAGGAUUUACAAUAUGGCUAGACAACUGAAUGAAUGCUGAAGCAUUUAGCUCAACGCCAUCACUUUUCGUACGUUCAGUAAGUACUGUACCAUGGUUAGUAUUUAUGUUGAGUAAUCACGCUUCUCAAGUCACCUUUGAUGGGGCGCUUUUUUUUUUUUUCUUCUUCUUCUCCCCUUUGCUCCAUGUUUAACAGAAAUGCACAUUGCAUGCUGAUGACGGUGUUUAAUCACUGCAGAUGUUUGCUGCUUAAUUUGUUCCUAAUCCGUUAUGCUAUUAUUUAAGUCCCCCCCCCCCUCACUUUUUUUGGCCUAAUCUCAAUCUACCUUAAGUGUAGCACAUGUGCAAUUACCACAAAAAAAUCUCUGGUCAAUUGCACGCUACAGACAUGGUGGCUGUAGAACAGGGCAGGCGGGGGUUAUUCUUUUACGUGCUGGAGAGAUGCUGUUUUGGAGAACACCGAAGUGAGCUGGGCUCGUGUUCGGCCCUGAACCGGACUAAGCGGUGGUUAAUAUAGGUUUUAUGUGCGGACCAAAGGCAUCCAACACACAAGUUUGCACAGGAAUAUAAUGAGCCAAGCUGGCACUUUCCAUAACUGAGUGACCUAAAGAAAUUUGUUACAUCUUUAAUGGCUUGUUCUUUAUAAUAAAGCAGUUUAACGAGUUGCCCGUGGCUCAGUACAUACGUCUGGCCCGUUUCAUUACAGCAGAAAGCACAGCGUUAACGAUGGCCAAAUCUUUUACAGCGACAAAUGUAAACUUUCCAAACGUCAGUUCUGGUGUGUGACCACUCUAACUCAACACUAUACGUCACAUUCGAGGAUCUGCACCUGUGCGUAUAGUCGAGGGUCGCACCAGCUGAUAAAUGACGAAUGCAUGUCUGUGUUCAUCUACAGACUCGUAGUGCGUCGAUGCUUUGGUCAGUGCCGUGUUUUUUUUUUUAUUAAAAAAAAAAAGAAAAUUACUUUCUAGCUCUGAUGUGGUCUAGCGAUUGCUGUGCCUAAUGCUAUUUUAAACCACUAAAGUUUUGUUUCUCUUAUGUAGUUGAACAACCGAAUGAUUUCAUGACUUGGCUUUUUUUUUUAAACUGCAUGUUUGCGCACAAGAUGGUUCUCGAGGCCUUAAUCUACAGUUCAGAGGAUUUUCUUGGACAACCUUUAAUAUUGGCUAAACUCUUUUACUGUUCCUCCUAAUGCACCUCUGUAAGUGUUUGUACUUUGCUGCAGAUUUUUAGUUCAGUAGUCAUAUUACAUGAGCGUGGAAAAAAGAAAAACAGAACAUUUUUGUAGUUUAAAGUGAAACCAGAUGUCAAUGUUACUCUAAAGCAAGAGAUACAAAUUUAUUUGUGCAAAACCAGACAUUUGUGGCUUUUUUUUUUUUUUUUUU